UUCCUGUGGGUCCCCAAAGCCAUCUGAAAGGAGGAGAGCUGCUUGGGACUCAGCCUGCUGCGUGUCCCUGGAUCUCUGGGAACACUGGCCCUGUGCUUUCCCGGAGACCAGGGUGAUCAGCAGACAAUCGUGGCCCUGUGCGUCCCACCGUGACUCAGUGGCUCUGCAUCUGAUGCCAACCCUGAAAUUUCCCUGGAUCCCGGGACUCACACCGUGCCAUGGAGAAGAGGCUGUGCACAGCAUAAACAGGGGAGCGGGCACGAAGGUGGUGCCAAGUCGCCAGGCUCUGACUUUUUCUCCCAGAAUGAGGUGGGGGCACCAUUUGUCCAGGGCAUCUUGGGGCUCUCGUCUUGGAAGAAUACCCCGGCUACCAGAUGAUCACAGCCCCUUCCUGAUCCACCGGAGAUGGCUGUCUAGAAGGGAGCGGCCCCUUGGGCCGCUUAGGGCCUCUGAACGCCUCCAUGGAAGCUCAGCAGAGAGUGCUCCCCACAGUGCUCCCCAGGCUAGAAGGCAUGCACAGCUGUUCCAGAGCUCCUCUGCGGCUGACGCUAUACGUCAGCACCGCCAGAACCUGGUUGAGUGGUUCAGCCGGCUGCCCAGGGAGGAGCGGCAGUUUGGCCCGACCUUUGCCCUUGACACAGCCCAUGUGGACCCUGUGAUCCGAGAGAGCACCCCUGAUGAGCUGUUUCGGCCGUCUUCAGCACUGGCCUUGGAUCAUCAGUCACCCACAGCAGGGCUCCCCCCGCUGGCCCUGUCUGAGCUCUUUAACCCAGAUGCCUCUGGGCGCCGGGUGCAGACGGUGGUGCUCUAUGGGACUGUGGGCAUGGGCAAGAGCACGCUAGUGCGCAAGAUGGUCCUGGACUGGUGCUAUGGGCAGUUGCCAGCCUUCGAGCUACUCAUCCCCUUCUCCUGUGAGGACCUGUCAUCGCUGGGCCCAGCCCCUGCCUCCCUGUGCCAACUGGUAGCCCAGCGCUACACACCCCUGAAGGAGGUCCUGCCCCUGAUGUCUACUGCCGGCUCCCGAGUGCUCUUUGUGCUCCAUGGCUUGGAGCGUCUGAACCUGGACUUCCGGCUGGCAGGCACAGGGCUUUGCAGUGACCCGAAGGAGCCAGGUGCACCAGCUGCCAUCAUCGUCAAUCUGCUGCGCAAAUAUAUGCUGCCUGAGGCCAGCAUUCUGGUGACCACUCGGCCUUCUGCCAUCAGCCGCAUCCCCAGCAAAUACGUGGGCCGCUAUGGUGAGAUCUGUGGCUUCUCUGAUACCAACCUGCAGAAGCUCUACUUCCAGCUGCGCCUCAACCAGCCCGACUGCAGGCACAGUGCAGGGAUCCUGGCCACGCCAGCUCAGCGGGACCACCUGGUGCAGAUGCUGUCCCGGAACUUGGAAGGCCACCACCAGAUCGCCACUGCCUGCUUCCUGCCCUCCUACUGCUGGCUUGUCUGUGCAACCUUACACUUCCUGCAUGCCCCGACCCCUGCUGGCCAGACCCUCACAAGCAUCUACACCAGCUUCCUGCGGCUCAACUUCAGUGGGGAGAUGCUGGACAGCACUGACGCCUCUAACUUAUCCCUGAUGGCCUACGCAGCCCGAACCAUGGGCAAGCUGGCCUAUGAGGGUGUGUCCUCCCGCAAGACCUACUUCUCAGAAGAGGAUGUCCGGGGCUGCCUGGAGGCUGGCGUCAAAACAGAAGAGGAAUUUCAGCUGCUGCAUGUCUUCCGCCGGGAUGCCCUGAGGUUUUUCCUGGCCCCGUGUGUGGAGCCGGGGCACCUGGGCACCUUUGUGUUCACUGUGCCUGCCAUGCAGGAGUACCUGGCCGCCCUCUACAUCGUGCUGGGUUUGCGCAAGACAACCCUGCAACGGGUGGGCAAGGAGGUGGCCGAGCUGGUGGGCCGUGUUGGGGAGGAUGUCAGCCUGGUACUGGGCAUCGUGGCCAAGCUGCUCCCUCUGCGGAUUCUGCCUCUGCUCUUCAACUUGCUCAAGGUGGUCCCUCGAGUGUUUGGGCGCAUGGUGGGAAAGAGCCGGGAGGCCGUGGCCCAGGCCAUGGUGCUGGAGAUGUUCCGAGAGGAGGACUACUACAAUGAUGAUGUCCUGGACCAGAUGAGUGCCAGUAUCCUGGGUGUGGAGGGCCCCCGGCGCCACCCCGAUGAGCCCCCAGAGGAUGAAGUCUUUGAGCUGUUCCCCAUGUUCAUGGCGGGGCUUCUGUCUGCCCACAACCGGGCAGUGCUGGCUCAGCUUGGCUGCCCCAUCAAGAACCUGGAUGCCCUGGAGAAUGCCCAGGCUAUCAAGAAGAAGCUGGGCAAGCUGGGCCGGCAGGUGCUGCCGCCCUCGGAGCUCCUUGACCACCUCUUCUUCCAUUACGAGUUCCAGAACCAGCGCUUCUCUGCCGAGGUGCUCAGCUCCCUGCGCCAGCUCAACUUGGCAGGUGUGCGCAUGACACCCCGCAAGUGUACAGUGGUGGCAGCUGUCCUGGGCAGUGGAAAGCAUGCCCUGGACGAGGUGAACUUGGCCUCCUGCCAGCUGGACCCUGCUGGACUGCGCACACUCAUGCCUGUCUUCCUGCGUGCCCGGAAGCUGGGCUUACAACUCAACAGCCUGGGCCCUGAGGCCUGCAGGGACCUCCGAGACCUGCUGCUGCAUGACCAGUGCCAAAUUACCACCCUGCGGUUGUCUAACAACCCAUUGACGGCGGCAGGUGCUGCCCUGCUGUUGGAGGGGCUGGCAGGAAACACCUCGCUGACACACCUGUCCCUGCUGCACACCGGCCUUGGGGACGAGGGCCUGGAGUUGCUAGCUGCCCAGCUGGACCGCAACCAUCAGCUGCAGGAGCUGAACGUGGCCUACAAUGGCGCUGGUGACAAGGCAGCCCUGGCCCUGGCAAAGGCGGCUCGGGAGCACCCUUCCCUGGAGCUGCUGCACCUCUACUUCAAUGAGCUGAGCUCAGAAGGCCGCCAGGUCCUGCGAGACUUGGGGGGCACUGCUGAAGGCGGUGCCCGGGUUGUGGCAUCACUGACAGAGGGGACAGCCGUGUCGGAGUACUGGUCGAUGAUCCUCAGUGAAGUACAGCGGAACCUCAACAGCUGGGACUGGACACGGGUCCGGCGCCACCUUGAGCUACUGCUUCGGGAUCUGGAAGAUAACCGAGGUGCCACCCUUAAUCCUUGGCGCAAGGCCCAGCUGCUGCGAGUGGAGGGUGAGGUCAAGGCCCUCCUGGAGCAGCUGGGGAGCCCUGGCAGCUGAACAGGGGCAACUGAGACCUGGCUGUGGGGACCACUGACUGCAAUGCCUCCCCUCUGGCCCACACCUCUUUCCUGCCUGGAUUCUACUCCUUCUAGAAAGCCCCCCUCAGCUGGGCACAGUGGCACAUGCCUGUAAUAGCCCAGCCAAUCAAGAGGCUGAGGCAGGAGGAUUGCAAAUUUGAGGGUAGCCUGAAUACUUAGUGAGACCCUGCCUCAAAAAACAAAAUAAAACAAAAAAAACCCCCAAAACCAGAAAGCUGAGUAUCUAGCUCAGUAUUAAAAUCCUUUCUGGGUUCAACUCCCAGUACUAAGGGAGAUGAAUGGUGCUUCAGGGCUGGACAGUGGCCUCCGCCCUGUGGAGCAUGUCCACCUAGGGCCUGUACAGCUGGAAUUUCCGGGGUCAGCAUCAGAGAUGGUGGACUGUUGCUUGGUCUUGGAGAUGGGACAUGCCUCUUCUCUCAUUGGCUGAAAGGACUAAGGAUAUGGCAUCUGAGUGACCACCUGCUCUGUGGCACCACCACCCAUCUUCUCUCUCUUUCCACUCGAGGAGCCUCUGAUUGUGCCAGAGGCACACUUCUCACACCUGCCAUGCCAGGGCUUCGCUCCUGCUUUACGCUCACCUGUGGGCACCAAGGAUGCCGUCACAUUGGUGCUUUCCUGGCCCUCAGGCUCCCUGCACCACGCUGGUCCCGAGGGCCUGGUGGCCUCCCAUGGCCCGGCACACCCAUGUUGCUGCUAUUAAAAAGCCAAGUGUCUUCCA